CGCUGCUGGCUAAAAAGAGAGAGAAAAAUAACUUCACAAAGAAAGGGUGUUACAGAUUCCAGAGUAAAGAGGAAAUCUGAAGAGAAAAGCAUAGGAAAGGAAACGGUGGUAAUAGGAAUUGGGGUAAAGUGAGGAUCCUUCCCCACAAACAUUGCUAUUAUUCAGCUCAUUUCAAAGGAUUCGGCUGCUGCCAUUUGUGAGAGCCGCUGGAGGCUGAGUGGAAGUCAUUUUGAAAGACUGAUCCAAGGAAGAAUGGAGGCCAGAGUGGAGCGUGCUGUGCAGAAAAGGCAAGUCUUAUUUCUUUGUGUAUUUCUGGGGAUGUCUUGGGCUGGCGCCGAACCGCUUCAGUAUUUUGUGGCGGAGGAAACCGAGAGAGGCACCUUUCUUACCAACUUGGCAAAAGACCUAGGGUUAGGGGUAGGGGAACUGAGAGCCCGGGGAACUAGAAUUGUUUCAGACCAGAACAUGCAAUUUUUACUGCUCAGUUCGCUUACUGGUGAUUUACUUCUAAAUGAGAAAUUGGACCGAGAGGAACUGUGUGGCCCCAGAGAGCCCUGUGUGCUGCCUUUCCAGUUGUUAUUGGAAAAACCUUUUCAGAUUUUCCGUGCUGAACUAUGGGUCAGAGACAUCAAUGAUCACUCUCCAGUAUUUCUAGACAGAGAGAUUUCCUUGAAAAUAUUAGAAAGUACCACGCCAGGGGCGGCAUUUCUCCUAGAGAGUGCGCAGGAUUCAGAUGUUGGAACCAACAGCCUGAGUAACUACACCAUCAGCCCCAAUGCCUACUUCCAUAUUAAUGUCCAUGAUAGCGGGGAGGGGAAUAUCUAUCCCGAAUUGGUGCUGAAUCAAGUGCUGGAUCGGGAAGAGAUACCAGAGUUCAGUUUAACCCUCACCGCUUUAGAUGGCGGCUCUCCUCCUAGAUCAGGUACCGCCCUCGUGCGCAUCCUGGUUCUAGACAUAAAUGACAACGUCCCUGAUUUUGUGCGGUCGCUCUACAAGGUGCAGGUGCCCGAAAAUAGCCCCGUUGGUUCCAUGGUUGUCUCCGUGUCAGCCAGAGAUUUAGAUACCGGAAGUAAUGGGGAAAUAGCCUAUGCAUUUUCUUAUGCCACUGAAAGAAUUCUCAAAACGUUUCAAAUCAAUCCAACAUCUGGCAAUCUUCAUCUUAAAGCGGAAUUGGACUAUGAGGCAAUUCAAACUUAUACAUUAACUAUUCAGGCCAAAGAUGGCGGCGGGCUUUCUGGAAAAUGCACUGUGGUGGUUGAGGUAACAGAUAUAAACGAUAAUCGACCCGAGCUGCUCCUGUCUUCACUUACUAGCCCAGUUGCAGAAAACUCACCCGAGACAGUCGUGGCUGUUUUUAGGAUUAGAGACAGAGAUUCCGGGAACAAUGGAAAGACAGUGUGCUCCAUCCAGGAAGAUCUCCCCUUCAUCCUGAAGCCAUCUGUAGAGAACUUCUAUACUCUGGUAGCAGAGAAAUCUUUGGAUCGAGAGAGGAACACUGAGUACAACAUCACCAUCACCGUCACCGACUUGGGGACACCCAGGCUGAAAACAGAGUACAACAUAACUGUUCUGGUCUCCGACGUCAAUGACAACGCCCCCGCCUUCACCCAAACCUCCUACACCCUGUUCGUCCGCGAGAACAACAGCCCCGCCCUGCACAUCGGCAGCGUCAGCGCCACAGACAGAGACUCAGGCACCAACGCCCAGGUCACCUACUCGCUGCUGCCGCCCCAGGACCCGCACCUGCCCCUCGCCUCCCUGGUCUCCAUCAACGCCGACAACGGCCACCUGUUCGCCCUCAGGUCGCUGGACUACGAGGCCCUGCAGGCGUUCGAGUUUCGCGUGGGCGCCACAGACCGCGGCUCCCCGGCGCUGAGCAGCGAGGCGCUGGUGCGCGUGCGGGUGCUGGACGCCAACGACAACUCGCCCUUCGUGCUGUACCCGCUGCAAAACGGCUCCGCGCCCUGCACCGAGCUGGUGCCCCGGGCGGCCGAGCCGGGCUACCUGGUGACCAAGGUGGUGGCUGUGGACGGUGACUCGGGCCAGAACGCCUGGCUGUCGUACCAGCUGCUCAAGGCCACGGAGCCCGGGCUGUUCGGCGUGUGGGCGCACAAUGGCGAGGUGCGCACCGCCAGGCUGCUGAGCGAGCGCGACGCAGCCAAGCACAGGCUGGUGGUGCUGGUCAAGGACAAUGGCGAGCCUCCGCGCUCUGCCACCGCCACGCUGCACGUGCUCCUGGUGGACGGCUUCUCCCAGCCCUACCUGCCUCUCCCUGAGGCGGCCCCAGCCCAGGCCCAGGCCGACUCGCUCACCGUCUACCUGGUGGUGGCGUUGGCCUCGGUGUCUUCGCUCUUCCUCUUCUCGGUGCUCCUGUUCGUGGCGGUGCGGCUGUGCAGGAGGAGCAGGGCGGCCUCGGUGGGUCGCUGCUCGGUGCCCGAGGGCCUCCUUCCAGGACAUCUGGUGGACGUGAGCGGCACCGGAACCCUGUCCCAGAGCUACCAGUAUGAGGUGUGUCUGACUGGAGGUUCCGGGACAAAUGAGUUCAAGUUUCUGAAACCAAUUAUCCCCAACCUGCUACCCCAGAGCACAGGCAGGGAAGUGGAAGAAAAUCGCCCAUUUCAGAAUCAGUUGGGUUUCUGAUAAAGAAUGAAAACUAAAUCCGCGUCUGUGAAUACAUUUCUGAUUAGCAACUUAUUGUGAGGUGCCCGUAAGGGAGUGUCUUUACAUCAUUUCAAAUAUGUACUCUUGAAGUCAAGAAAUAAAUUUCUAUACAUAGAAUAGGAUCCUGAUUUAGUACCAAGAACCCUUCACAAAGCAUGAAAUGUAUAUGUGUAAUGUUUUAUGUCAAACAAUUAUGCUCAAUAUACAGUCUAUUAAAUGUAAGUCUUGUUUGAGAUAUUUUCAAUUGCUUUCCAUUGUCUUCAAUCUCUACUGAGACUUUCUGAGUUGAUUAGAAUGCUGUAUGAGUGUACCUACCCUAGUCUCAGAAGCAUAAACUGUAGAGUGUCUUUUAAAGCAUUUUUUAGAAAUGCUUUUAAUGCAUCAUACGCUAUUUUAACACUUUUAAUCUGAGAAGAAGCAUAUGAGGCAUGGUAUUUUAGGAAUGAACAAAUAGAUGGUCUUAGAGAUUCAGUAAGUUCACUAAGGUCCACUAACUAAUAAAUGACAAAACUGAGCAUCCAUCCCAGAUCUGUCUGACUCUGGGUCAGUGACCCUGCUCCGAUUCCAUACUGUUUUCUGUCAUUAGAUAUUACCUGGCAAGUUUCUGCCUAAUUAAGGAGAAGUCUUUUAUCAUAUUUAUACUGCUGUUCAAUCUUUUCUAUAUUUAGAAAUAAUAAUAUACAUAUUUAUCUAUGGUUUUAUUUUCUUAUACACCAAAAGUCCUGCUUUUCUGGGUCAAUUUUCAACUAUUAUUACUAAUGCUCUGAUCUGUCCAAACUCAAGUGAAAAACAAAAUUGAAAGGGCAACCUGUGCCUUCUCCUUGUCUUCAGAACAUAUGACUUUCAUUUCCCAGAAAAAAGAUUAAUGGUCCUGAGUAGGAAUAUUACCUAAUUUUGAUUGCAUCAUUAGUUAAUUAUUUUCUUCACAUUGUAGAUUUUCUGCAGUCACCCAUACUUAACAUUUGUAAUACAUUUUCCUGAUUUGAAAGUUUGUUUUUGAAAGUUUUCUAUUAAUUAUAGUGCACUAUUGAAUCAGGAAAAUUUAAGAAAAAUAGUUUUAAAUGCGUAGUAUCAAAUAGAAACAUAGAUGAUCAUUAAAUUUUUAGAAAUUCUCGGAAGUUAAGGAGAAGCACUGUUUUUUAUAAAAAUUUACAACUGAUUUUUAUUUUUAAAAUAUCUAGAUAAUUUUUGCGUGGUUGUGUUCUGAAAAUAUUAUAAACCAGUGCUGGUAACUCUAAUAAAGGUAGUAUUACUAUAUAUCACUGGUGGGAUAGAAUCUAAAGGCAAAGAAAACCUCACAGCAGUAAAAUCUUAAAAUGCUUUCAUGGUCUUAGGGUAAAAUUAUCUAAUUUCUCCAACAAAUAAAUGGCAUGAAAAACAGGAGGAGAGGCCGGGCGCGGUGGCUCACGCUUGUAAUCCCAGCACUUUGGGAGGCCGAGGCGGGCGGAUCACGAGGUCAGGAGAUCGAGACCACGGUGAAACCCCGUCUCUACUAAAAAUACAAAAAAUUUAGCCGGGCGUGGUGGCGGGCGCCUGUAGUCCCAGCUACUCGGAGAGGCUGAGGCAGGAGAAUGGCGUGAACCCGGGAGGCGGAGCUUGCAGUGAGCCCAGAUCGUGCCACUGCACUCCAGCCUGGGUGACAGAGCGAGACUCCGUCUCAAAAAAAGAAAAAACAAGAAAAGAAAAGAAAAGAAAAGAAAAGAAAAAGAAAAACAGGAGGAGAGAAGUCUACAGUAGGAAAGAUCUUAUGAGAUCUACCAAUCAAAUGUAACGUGUGGAUCUUGUCUGGAUCUUCAUUCAAACAUCAGCAAUGACUUUGAAACACUUGGAAGAGUUUGAAUAUAGAUGGGUAUUAAGUAAUAUUAACUUAAUUUUUUAGGUAUAAUAAUGGCAUUGUAUUUAAGGUUAUUUUUAGAGUCACUUAAAGUUAUUAUGCAUUUAAAGAAAUGUAUAAUGAAGUAUUUGUGGGUGAAAAUUCAGUUUGUCUGGAAUGUAAAGAUGUUGGAGGGAUAGAGUCAAGAAUUAUGGCAAGACAUUGAUAAUAGUUGAUGCUAGUACUGAGUAAUUGCAGGUUAAUUUUACUCUUCUCCUUUUAUGAGAUAUGAAAAAUAUCAAAAUAAAAGCUUUUUAAAAUUGAUGCUAUUAGAAGAGAAGUAGAGGUAACAAAAAAGGACAUGCUUCCCCAGAAACAAAAUCACCACUGCUGUUACAGAUUUUGUUUAUAUUUAGACAAGCUCUCCAGCCUUUCCUUCUUUGUUUACCUUCACUGUUUGACAUAACUUCUCUACCUGAGAUAGUCAUGUUCCUGUACUAUUCUACCAUGUAAUUUUGAGGUGUUUUUCUAGUUAUAGCAAUGGAUUUAUGCAGAGUCACCUACCUGGUGGUAUCAAAUUGCCAUGUACCGGGUAUAUAGUUUAUUUUUAAGGUUAAUCUCUCUUUGAAUCAGUUUCCUCAUGUGUAAGGUGGGGAAUUCACAACAGCCCUAUGUGGCAGGUGCUACUAUUAUCCUCAUUUUACAGAUGAGGAAAUUAAAGCAGAGAGAUUAAAUAAUUUGUUCGAGGUUCACAGCUACUAAUUAUUCCUAUGAUUCAUGGAAAUAAAACUAUAAAGAUCUAAAUGUUGCCCAUGUUAACUACAAUUAUAUUUGAAAUUCUUUUUGCCAAGCUAGACUGUUACCUAAAUAUUUCCUUUUUGCCCCAAACUCAGUUAGCAUUGUUGAAAGACUAAUGUAAUUUCUCCUUCAGG